GGCGCUGCAGUAGCCCAGCUCUCGGCGUGCUGAGCCACGGCCCAGGCCGGCCCGGCCUAGCGAGGACGCCCGCCCGCCGCCCCGGAGCGGCUGCUACCCCGGCCUUGGGGCCUUUGCACUUGACUUUUCUAGCCCGGCCCCGAGACGUCUGCCUUUGCCAUAGCGACUGGCGGCCUAGCGAAGACCCCCUUCACAUUUUAGUUCCCUCCUUUCCCAGUUCAUUCUUUGCUUAUUUUAGGGUCAGUCCGAUGAGCCUGUAGGUCGGGUUUGGAGGGCGUCGGCUCUCUGGCAACACACUUUCCUCCCUUGAGCGCUGGGCGGCCGGUUGCCUCCGAGGCUGGGGCGGCCUCCGCGGUCUCCAUGGUAACGGCCCUGUCGGCGUCUCCGCCUCGGGGGGAAGAUGCGGCCUGCCGGGCCCGCAGCCUCGCCCCCGGCCUCACGGCGGGGCGGGGGCCGCUGAAGAGGAAGGUCCCGGCCGCCGGACUGCUGGGCUGCGGGCACCAGUGAAAUCCCAUUCUCUGGCUGGAGACACAGAUGGCCUCAAAUGAGAGAGAUGCUAUAUCGUGGUACCAAAAGAAGAUUGGAGCAUAUGAUCAGCAGAUAUGGGAAAAGUCAAUCGAACAGACUCAGAUUAAGGGCUUCAAAAACAAACCAAAAAAGAUGGGUCACAUAAAGGCCGACUUGAUUGAUGUUGACUUAAUCAGAGGCUCAACAUUUGCCAAAGCCAAACCUGAAAUUCCGUGGACAUCUCUGACUCGGAAGGGGCUUGUUCGAGUUGUAUUUUUUCCAUUUUUCAGCAAUUGGUGGAUUCAGGUUACCUCUUUAAGAAUCUUUGUUUGGCUGCUACUGCUUUACCUCAUGCAAGUGAUAGCUCUCGUGUUAUAUUGUAUGAUGCCUAUUGUGAAUGUAAGUGAAGUGCUUGGACCCUUGUGCCUUAUGUUACUCAUGGGAACUGUCCACUGUCAAAUCGUGUCUACUCAGAUAACAAGGCCAUCGGGAAACAAUGGAAAUCGGAGAAGAAGAAAAUUACGAAAAACGGUAAAUGGUGACGGGAGCCGAGAAAAUGGAAAUAACUCCUCGGAUAAAGCCAGAGGAGUAGAAACUUUGGAAUCUGCGCCCUUCAAUGGUGGUUUUUGGGGGACUCUCUUUGGCAACAGGAUUAAAAGAGUAAAACUAAUAUGUAACAAAGGGACGGAAACUGACAAUGACUCAGGUUGUCUGCAUCCUGUUGUCAAGAAGAGACAGUGUCGGCCAGACAUUAGAAUGUGGCAAGCAAGAGAGAAAGCAAAGUUUUCAGAUGGAGAAAAGGGACGUCGGGAGUCCUUUCGGCGUCUGGGUAACGGGAUUUCAGAUGAUCUGUCAAGCGAGGAAGACGGCGAAGCGCAGACCCAGAUGAUGAUCCUGCGGAGGAGCGUGGAAGGGGCCUCGAGUGACAACGGCUGUGAAGUGAAGAGUCGGAAGUCCAUACUUUCAAGGCACCUCAACACUCAGGUGAAGAAAACCACUUCCAAGUGGUGCCCUGUCAUGCGGGAUUCAGAUAGUCUGGCCGAGUCAGAGUUCGAGUCGGCAGCCUUCAGUCAGGGCUCUAGAUCUGGCAUGAGUGGUGGCUCUCGAGGCCUCAACAUGUCGAGAAGAGACUCAGAGAGCACCCGCCACGACUCGGAGACUGAGGAUAUGUUGUGGGACGACCUGCUGCACGGCCCCGAGUGCCGGUCGUCGGUCACCAGUGACAGUGAGGGGGCCCACGUGAACACCCUCCACCCAGGGACCAAACGCGACCCCAAAGAGGAUGUUUUCCAGCAGAACCAUUUAUUCUGGCUUCAGAACUCAAGUCCUGCCUCUGAUCGAGUUAGUGCAAUAAUCUGGGAAGGGAAUGAGUGCAAAAAGAUGGACAUGUCUGUGUUGGAAAUAAGUGGCAUCAUCAUGAGCAGGGUGAAUGCCUAUCAGCAAGGAGUAGGUUAUCAGAUGCUGGGAAAUGUCGUCACCAUCGGAUUAGCAUUUUUUCCUUUUUUACAUCGACUUUUCCGUGAGAAGAGCCUUGACCAACUCAAGUCCAUCUCAGCUGAGGAGAUCUUGACUCUCUUUUGUGGGGCACCCCCUGUAACGCCUAUUAUUAUUUUGUCUAUAAUUAAUUUUUUUGAACGAUUGUGUCUUACUUGGAUGUUUUUUUUCAUGAUGUGUGUGGCAGAGAGAACAUAUAAACAGAGAUUUUUAUUUGCAAAACUCUUCAGCCAUAUUACUUCUGCCAGGAAAGCUAGGAAGUAUGAAAUACCUCAUUUCAGACUUAAAAAGGUGGAGAACAUUAAGAUAUGGUUAUCACUGCGUUCCUUUCUAAAGAGACGGGGCCCGCAGCGUUCAGUGGAUGUGGUCGUGUCUUCAGUCUUCUUACUGACACUUUCCAUUGCUUUCAUUUGUUGUGCCCAGGUUCUCCGGGGACAUAAAACUUUCCUGAAUGAUGCUUAUAACUGGGAGUUUUUGAUCUGGGAAACAGCUUUGCUACUUUUCUUACUGCGCCUGGCCUCACUGGGGUCUGAAACCAAUAAGAAAUACAGCAAUGUUUCAAUAUUACUUACUGAACAGAUUAAUUUAUAUCUUAAAAUGGAAAAAAAGCCGAAUAAGAAAGAACAGCUUACUCUAGUAAACAAUGUGCUAAAGCUAUCCACCAAGUUGUUGAAAGAGUUGGACACACCAUUUAGACUCUAUGGACUGACGAUGAAUCCCUUAAUCUACAACAUCACACGAGUAGUUAUCCUUUCUGCUGUCUCAGGUGUUAUAAGUGAUCUUCUAGGAUUUAAUAUAAGACUGUGGAAAAUUAAGUCAUGAGCUGAGUCAUGUGCCUGGACUCUCUCCCCUUGCUGGCAUCAGUGCUUCACCUGUUAAGGAAAGAGAUGACUGUAAGACCACGAGGACACCCACCUGCUUGUUCACCCGCAGAGGUGCCCUCCAUUCUGCCUAAUCUGACCAGUGGUGCUUUCAGAGGAACAAAUCCUUUUCCAACUGAGCGUGCAUGCUAAAAAGCUGUAUCUUCAUGGUUUUCAAAUAGUGUGAAUAGUCAGGAGACUAAAGACCACUGUGUUAUGGCAACAUAAGGACAAUUUUUUAAAGUUAGGAAAUUUAUUCUGGGCAUUUCAGUGCUGUGACAGUUAUAUUUACUGGAAAUACUCUUCUGGGUAACUAUGGUAGUUGCCCAAAGCAUGAAGCAAAUAUCCUUUAUUGGAAAUAUGCAAAUUCAGUACUUUUCUAUUACAAUCUAUAGAAUUGGAGAUUUCAUUUCUCUAGCAAAGAGAGAUCAAGUUUAAACUAUUCCAGGUUGAACCCAAAUAAAAGAACUUUAUUGGAGAAUUUCAGUUUCUAGGCUUUUUUUGUUGUUGUUGAAAGAAAAAAGAUAACCUUUUAAACUGUGACUUUCUGUUAAACUAUGGAGAAAGUUUUAAUUAGUUUAUAAUUUUGAAGUUAAUCCUAGUAACUGUAUAGUUGUUGGUGAGAGUCAUGCAUACAAGGCACGUAAUUCAGCAUGAGAAAUUGAAGGAUACGCACACUCACCCACGUCCACCGGGCACCAUAUUUUCUGUUUCAAUCACCGGACUUGCGUUUCCCAUGGCAGUGCUAAGUGAAGCAUCAAUAGUUUGUGUUAUGCAGCUUAACGUAUUCAACUCUCAGUACAAUCUCAGGUCCUCAGUGUCUAUAUUCAGCCAAGCUCUGGCACUGAUGACUUGGAUUCUCUUGUCAGCACCCUCAUCACACACACACAGGCAUGUACAUAAGUUAAUGGAAACUCUCAUAGUCUGCAUAUAAUUCUUGCUCAUUAACUUACUUGCUUUCAAGAAUCUCUUGAGGCAGAUUGAAAGCCCACAUUUUAAUAAGAUUUUGUGACUUUUAAAAUGGAAAUAAUUAAACUUAGUUAUUACAUGUAAAAUAUGUACAUGCAAAAUCAGGCUAUCAUUUACACAUAUCCUAAUUUUUGAGGUUUAAAGAUGAAUUUCUCAAGGCGACUGAGGUCAGACCUUUCUGGAUUCAUAUUCUUGGCUCUAUCACUUAAUAGCUUCAUAAUCUAAGGCAAGUUACUUAACCUUUUUGCAUCUCAAUUUCCUUACCUGUUAAAUGGGGAUAAAAACUACCUAAGGUUAAGUGAGAUUAUGAUGUAAGGUACUUAACACAGCAUAAAGUACUUAGCACUUAGUAAAUCCACAAUCAACAUUUGUAAUUACUGUUUAAAACCCUUUAAAAAUCUUUUGUUGAUAGAUUCCUAACUGUGAAGAUAGAAACACAGGGGCAGGGUUGCUGAACUAGAGGUGAAUUACCAAAAAUUUGCAGCCAUUCUAAAUGCUUCCUGAGAGUUACAAUUUUUUAAAAAGGUAAAACCCCACUAUGGUGAUUCACCUCUAGAAGGAACUGUUCUGUAAAGGCACAUCAGUGUCUCAACAGGUGGCUCAUGGAAAUCAUGCUGGAACUAUUUUCCAUAAGGAACAAUAGCAACAUCUCAAAUCCAAGACUGAGCUGCUCAGUGUAGAUUUCAGGUGAACAAACCUAAUGCCGUCAUCUUUUUCUCCUACAGAAAACUGCUGUUCUGUGUUUUAUGCAGUGAAUCUUUCAGCUCAAAUGCAGUAUGUAGAAUAGUUUACUCUUAAGUUGUUUCAGUUAUGGUUUGAUGGGGUAUAAUUGGUUUAAAUGAUUUUUCAGGUGGUAAAAUCAUAUGUAAGUAGAGCUGCUCAUCACGGAAACUUGGGAAUCAUUUUUGACUCUUGGUCUUUCUCACACUUCACAUCCAAUCUCCGAGUCUUUGAAUAAUUAUCUUCUAGGUAUUUUCCCAGUCAGUCCUUUCUCCAUCCCCAUUUCCACCACCUUCAUGUGAGUUAAUGCCUUUUGUUUUUGAACAAGAUUCUGCUUUUCUGCCCUUACAUAUGCAUAUUACCCCCUCCCCCAUGCCUGCCUGUUCGUCUCAAAAGCUAAUGUGUCUUUUCUGAAAUGCAACUCUCAUCAUGUAGAAUCGAUUAAUGAUUUAGGAUUACUUUGAAGAUAAAAAUCCAAAAUCUUUUUAGCAGAGUGUACAGGCCUACCCUGUUGAGUAACGUUUUGAAAUCUUUAUGUUUGAAAGAUACUUUGUGCUGGGCAUAAAAUUCUAGUUUUCAAGAUGUUGCUCUUUAAUUUGUCUAUUGAAUUAUAAUGUGCGUUGGUAUAGUUUUCUUCAUUUUUUUGUGCCUGGGAUUUGUAGCACUUACUGGAAAUCUGGAUUUAUAGUUUUCAUCAAAUUUGGAAAAAUUUUGGCUGUUAUUUCUAAAAACAAGUUUUCUCUCUCCCAGUCUCACCCACCUCCUCCUGGGACUCCAGUUCACAUGCAUAUUGGGCUGUUUGAAGUGGCCUCACAGCUUACUGGUAUUCUGUACGUUGUCCCCGUCUUCUUUGUCUUUAAUCUUGGAUAGUUUCUAUUGCGGUGCCGUCAAGUUCACUAACCUAUUUUUCUGCACUAAUUUCCCACCCAAUGUAUUUUUGUCUAUAGACGUUUGAUUUUGCUUUUUUGGUUUUCAUAUCUUCCGUGUCUCUUUAACAUGCUAUUUCUUUUCUCCACCUUGUUAACAUAAUAUUUACAAUAGAAAUUGUAAAUAAGGACAUUAAAACAGCUAUCAUUAGUGUCAUUUGGGGUUUUUAAUUGAUUUACUUUUCUCCUCAUUUUGGGUCCUAUUUUCCUGCCUCUUUGCAUGCCUAGCAAUUUCUUAUUGGGUGUGGAUUUUUAUAUUGUUGGGUGUUGGGUUUUUGUGUAUAUGUGCGUAUUAAGUAUUCUCAAGCUUUGUCUUAGAAUGCAGUCGAGUUACUUGGAAACAGUUUGAUCAUUUCAAGGCUUGUUUUUAAGCUUCGUUAGGUGGGCCUGAGCAGCCUUGUCUUGGACUACUUUUCUCCACUACUGAAGUGAGCUCCUCCAAAGGAUUCUACUCGAUGCCCUCUUCAUGGUAAGGGUUUUCCAGUUUGACAGUAGGAACAUGAACUAUUCCCAGCUCAAGAAUUUUUGGCCUGCUUCUUUUUUGGUGGUUCUUUCCCUGUUGUUGAGUAUUUCCUUGUGCUGAUCAACACUCUCCUAAAGACCUCAGAGGAACCCUGUGUGCAUCUUUGGUACUCUCUUCUCUCUGUGCAGCUGUCUUCUCUCUGGUCCUCUGCCCUGCCAAUUCUAGCUGAUCUGGCCUCCUGAAAUUCUUAACUCUUGUCUCCUCAACUCAGCCAGACUACUUGGCUUGGGUUGGGUUCCCCUUCUUGCACCACAGCCUAGCAACUGCCUCCAAGCGACCUGGGCAGUCAUGGGGCUCACUCCAUUUAAUGCCACCAUCUUUUACUGCCUGUUGUCCAAUAUCUAACACCCAUUUUUUCGUAUAUAUUUUUCCAUUUUUUUUUUUUAAAGUUAAGAUGGGAGAGUAAAUGUUUUUCUACCUUAGUAAAUGGAACAAAGUUUACUCAAUUGUUCAAGCCAAAGGCUUAGGGUUUUUCCUGGUUCCUCUCUCUUCCUCUGUAUCUAACCUGCUGCAAAGUCACAUCUGUUCUGUUUCCCCAGCUACCAGGCUAAGUCUCCUUCUCCUGGUUACUGUGCUGACCCGCUGUCCCCUCUCCUCUCUGGCCUCCCUCAGCCACAUAAACGAGCUUAAAAAUACAGAAACUAUAAAACUGUAUCAUUCCUGUUUUCUCUUUCUGGCUCUCCCUGUGGUGGCUUCCAAGGCCUUCCUCAUCAGGCCUGACUCCCUUUCCAGUUUCACCUUCUUGGUACCUGACAACCACACCACACUGGCUCCCUCCAGUUCCUCCGUUAUACCAAGUUCUUUCUUAUUUCAGGUAGCGCCUGGAAUAUGUUUUCUUAAGUUCUCCCCUGAAUGGCUUCUCAGCUGUCAGUUUCUCAGUAGGACCUUCUCUGAUGACCUGAGUGACAGCAGCUCCCCGCCUUACCCUUUUUGUCAGUUACACGGCCCUGUUCAUGUCCUUCGUGGCACUUAUCAAAAUCAGAUUAUCUUGUUUAUAUUUUUGCCUAUUAAUUUUUUUAUUUCUGUCCUUCCCCAUUAGAAUGUAAGCCUCAUAAGGCGAGGAAUUUUUGUGGUUUUUCACUCCUAGGUCCUCAGAAUGCAGAAGAGUACCUGACCCCAUAAUAGGUACUCGGUGGUACUCAUUAGCAAUGUAUAGAAUGAAUGAAGAAUGGAUCUCAACUAAUUUGCCAUUUAUGCAGUAUUUUCCCUAUUAGGAUGGAAGACUUGUACUCUCAGUGCUUCAUUUAUUCCUGUACAAUAACUUCUAAGAACUUGGACUUUUGUUUUAAUCACCCAAAAGGAGUGAAAUAUAAUUGACAACAUUUACCUAUUAUUGAGAAAUUAAACCAAGAUGUAUGAACUAGAUUAUGCCAUUCAUAUAUUUAAUUGAAAUAGUAAUAACCCUAGAAAGCGAAGGAAAAUACCUGUUCAGUUAACUUUACAAUUUGUUGUAUUGGGAAAAAUUAUCCUUCCUAAAAUUGCUAUGGAGGUCUAACUUCAAGCUUCCUAAAUAUGUAUAUUAUGCCUCAUGUAUAAUAUAAACACUGAAAAGUCGAAUAUCCAAAUACUUGGCUAAUUGGGGUAUGGUUUUCUUGACUUUCAGAGACAAGUAGAAAAAUUCUAAAUGCCGGGAUGUCCUACAAAGUAUAAGCUUACGGGUCUGUUUUUAUUUUUGGUACAUUGUAUCUAGAGGUAAGUGAACCCAUGCACUGCAAAAAUAACCCUCUUGUAAGUUCGUGACGUUCAUUUUUGACAUUUUAGAACUACCGCUCUAUAAUGGGCCACAUGGGUCUCACUCCCAAAUACAGCAUAUGAUUUGGGAUAGUCAAGAAGUAAAUUCAUUAAUCUCAUGCAUUGACUAGACUGUCAUUUAAAGUAAUCCUUUGCUUCUUGCAGUUACUGGUGCCCAUCUAGAAUAACGCAAUUUGAAUUUCACAAUGUGCAGUAAUUCCGUGCCUUUCCUGCAGCGCGUUCUGAGCCUAUACGCUGUAAUGAGAUAUUACUCCAGGUAACAGAUGGUGGUUGUUUAUUAAGGACAAAAUAAGCCUCUUGGUUUGCGUAUUUGUUAGUAGUUCUGCUUGACCUUAAUGCAAAUAUUGUCAAAUAGACAAAUACCCACAGGAUUCUUUGUAAAAAUAUAGGUUCAGGUUAAAUUAAAGCACUUGGCUAUAUUUUUGUAUUUUAAUUUUUAUGUGCAAAAUGCUCAGAGUUCUUUAACAGAGAAUUCUAGUUCUCAUAGACCUUCAUACUCCCUUCUUACACUUAAGGCUUUACUUGCAAAAAGCAAGAUUGAAAACAGAUCCAAGUUAUCGGAUAUCUUAAAGUAAUUCAGUUAACUCAAGCAGAGAGUGUAGAUUUCAUGCAAUGAUUAUGGCAUGUGGUAAACAAGUCAUCGCAUUGCUGAUAAACCUUAACAGCGUGACCAGUAAAGAGCUGCCUAAGUGAAAUCUGUUAUCAUGUAAAAAGCACAAGUGGUUGUUAGCACUGGCGCAUGCCAGGAUGAUGUAAGAAGUUGUUGUGAUGUAUUCUUCAUAGCAGACUGAAACAUCACGUUUUGUGACUGAAGUCUGUUUACGCCAGUGUCCCUUAGUCCCUGGACCUCACUGUGGAUUGAGCUUCAGCUUAAACACUUCGUAGCGGAGGUCAUUAGUCAGACUGUCACACAGUUUACCUAAUUUGAGUACUCCUUGCUUUCUUAAAAACCCAAUUCUUUUUGAAUGUUGGGUAUAUUAAAUAUGAAAUUCAUUUGUCCACAUGUUUAAAAGCAAUUAACUUUUUCUACAUGAGACUAUUAAAAAAGGAAAUAACCAAGAUAUUCUCAUGUAGAAAUAAAAAGCCAAAUGCUUUUCUGUGUCCAAGACUUCUGAAAUAGCAAUUGAUGCUGUACAAAAGCUACUUGGUCCAAAAAAUUUGUUGUUAAGUAGGUUAGAAGACAGCAUUAUAGAACCUUACUAAUCUCUCUAGGGAGGCAAUGUGAUGGCAUCCUGGAACUUUUUUGCUCUUGUGAUCAGUGAGGCAAUGUGUCCACUAAACCAACAACAAAGUGAUUUUGCUGUGACACCCACCUCCAUGGUCGGGCUUGGGAGCCAGGGGUCUCAUGUUUAUUUUUAGUGUGGGUUCACGCUGGUAGGUAGGAGUUAAUUUUUCUCUUCAAGAGUAUUAAGUUAACCAUUGUCUUGAAAUAGGUUUUAGACUUCAUUUAUAGCAAGAAUUCAAGUGAAAUCAAGUCAAGACCCUUCAUUCUAAAAGUAAGUACAACCUAUAGCAAAUAAAACGAUUUAAAAAUAACGUGAAAUGCCAUAGUCUGAUGAAACAGAGUUUGUGACCUUGCGGUAACUGGACUGGUACUAUUGUGUCCAUUAGAAAUGUCUAGGACCAAUUUCCAAUAAGACAAGUCCUUUUCUCUCCCUGACAGUAUAAGGAUUUUGGGGGGAAGCAAAUUACUUAUGCAAAGCUAUUUUCCUUACAAGGAAGGGUAUGAGGUAGCUGUAAUGACUUUUACCUCUAAUUUUAAUCUUUACACAUAUAGCUAUGCAGGAAAAGUCAUCAUUUUAAGAGUCUUCCUGACUGUAGGACUCUGAAUGUUUGUUACGUGCAGAGACAAAAUCUAUUAGCGGACUCAGAUCAUGAUGACAAUUAGCUCCAUAAAUAGAGAGCAACAUUAAAUAAACCUGAUGGUAAAAGAAAUGCAGGCCAUAAACAUUCUGGUUUGGUUUUUUUAAUAUCUAUAUAAAAAAUAACGAGCGAUUUACAGAUCUCUUUCUCUAAUCAGAACCUCAGGUGUAUAUAUAAAGGUACUGUACAAUAUAUAAACAUUUACAACCAGUACAUCCAUAUUUUGCUUAGCAUUCCAAGGCCACAUUGCUAAGUCGGUAUAUAAUCAGUACAGUGACAGGUUACUGAGGAAAGAGCCACUUCAGACUGACAACAUAUGACAUCAAAGUUAUGUCACAGUUAACAAUAAAAAUAGGAUUUUUUAUCACUAAUUGUGGACUAGAGGGAAAAUAAAUCAUUUCUGUGGUACUAAAAUUUUAGCGUUUAUCAAGCCUUCUAAUUUUGCUCUAUUCAAGUAGUUACAAUAGGUGGGUAAAUAUAGUUCUGGAUGAAAAGGGGGUUUCAAAACUCUCACUCUGGGAAACAGGUCUUAUCUACAGGGGCUGAUUCAGUUGUUACAGUGAAGAAUUUCACAGUCGGACUCUGAGAGGGAAGGACUGGGACAUGAUGUGUUCACAAUAACGAGAUGAACCCAGGGCAACAGAACAAGUGUGUUCAACUACUCCAUAAAAUGGUUUUAUUCUGAGUGCGCCUUUAUUUAUAGAUGCUACUGAAUGCUGCUUCCGGGGGCUGAAAAACCUGGAUCUAUUUUAUGGAGUUAAAAACUCUCAACCUUCCAACAAACAUUUCUAAUUGACUUACAAAUUUUUUCUGCUUAGCUUGUACAAAAUUUCAGAUGUUUAGUCUCCCUUUCUUGUGUUUAAAUGUUAAUGUAGCUAGAAAUUAAAAUGAAAUAAGAUCUAGCAAAGACUGUCUCCCACCACAUUUGUCCUCAUGUGCUGAGCCCGUCCCAGGCAGGUUCUGCUUCUAAACACACGGACUUGUACAGCUGCUACCAGAGGGGCUGGUACUCCACCUGGCAAUGGACUGUGGAGCUGGUUUCCUAAGUCCCUCUUCAAAGACGUAUUGUGUAUUAAUGACUAAUGACUUAGGAGUUGGUUCAACUGAAAUACCCAGACAUAGAAAUUUGGUAGUUUUUCUUCAAACAGCGAUAAGCAGUAUGGUCCGCGUGCUUCGUUGUGGCGUUACAGUAAAAUAACUGAAAUAAAAAGGUGGUCUGGGAUGCUACAGCGCUUGAGGGUUGGGUAACAUAGCAGGAGGUGAGCUCUUAAUUGCCUGAAGUAUUUUCUCCUUGGAACAUACAUUUGUUAAGUCAUAUCUUUAACAGUGACUUGAAAUACCUUAUGCAGCCGAAUUAACAUAAAAAACUGUAAGAAGGCCAGUAUUUGACUACAUUUUUUUUCUUUACAGUAGUGACGUUUGAGGUUGUAUUUUUAUACUGGGACACCAUCAGUAGCUGUUAGAAGCAGCAACGGCCGCCUUUAAUGAGUUGACAAUCUCUUCUUCUGCAGGGGCUCAAAUACGUCUCUCUGUAAACAUGCAACAUGCUAUUGAGAAUAUCAACUUCCAAGCCAAAGCUAGUUUUUUUCAUUAGUGUGGAAAUAUGUUUGUGAGAAGGAUAAAAUAGAUAUGAUACAGUAGAUAACCUGGGACAAAUGUAACGGGAGCUGUGACCACGCUGUGGGUAUCACUGCGUCGUGUGUGGGGACGCCGGGUAGACGAGCUGGUGCGCGCGAGGAGGGGCAGCCGGCGGGGGGGCGGUGGAUUCGUAGCAAUCCUAAAGGCCCUUCAUGCAGCCAGCUAACUCGAUGCUCAAAUUAAAAUGUACUUAGGUGUGUUUCAGAAUUUCUGAAAAAUUUGAGGGGUAGGAAAUGCUGCUUUUUAAUAAGAAAAGGUGACAACUUGUGUUUCCUUGUUUUACGCCGAAGGUCACAGCCGCUUCUCGGCCACACCAGUAGUGCCUGUGGCUCUGCCUGCACUGGGCACCUUCCACGGCCCUGGCGUGAUGGGUGUUUUCUUAACUGGAGAACCGCUCUCAGGUCUGAGCCCUCCGCUCUCUUUGUUUUUGUCAGCCGCCUCUACUUCUUUGCCUUUGUGAUCUUCUAUUUUGUUUAAAACCGUUCUUUCUUCGGGUUCCUGCUUCAGCUUCUUUUCUGCCAUUUUGACAUUUUCUCCUGUUUUCUCUUUACUGGGACUUGCUUCUCCUAAGGUUGCUUUCUUCCCUUUUUCAUUUUCCGACACUACUUUACCAGCAGGGUUAGUCUUUUUGGAUGGAAGAGAAGUUUCAUCCGUUCUCUUGCUCUUUUUCUCUGGAGACCUGGUUCUGUUUUUUCCAGGCUGACUCUGGUUCGGAUCUCUCCUGCUGACACCUGCGCUUUCCCUCGCACCUGCGCUCUGCUCAGCACUGUCACUGGCACGGCCCCCUCCUCUUCCACUCGCACUUGGUUGGUCUUUGCUCCCUUCAGGUUUUUGCUGCUUCUUUGGGCUUGAAGACUGUCCUCUGCUUUUUUUGCAGUGAUCUUGUCCAGAACCUGCCCUCGUGCUGAUCUGACAACUUUUAUUCUCCCCUUUCCUGGGGCUGAGUGAUCGAUCUCUGGGUCUUCUUUUGGGGUCAUUUUUUAGAGGACUGGGAAUCUUUUCAGAGGAGUGCUCCUCUGAAUAGCGACUGGCUGACUUUUUGGGACUAGCAGAUCUACCUCUUUGCGUGACACCAUUUUCUACUUUCAAGAGAUUUUUCUUAUCACUGUGCCCAUGACUGUUGGGUGGAUCCCUUUUAUUCACAUUUUUAUGGAGAAGAGAUUGAUGCUUUAAAUCAGGUUGAUUUUCAUUUAAAGUGCUUUUCUUUUCAGGCACAAUGUCCUUGAAUUCUUCUGCCCUUUCACAUAUCUGAACUCUCAUUAAAAAUUCUUCACUUACUGGCACAUGAGACUCUUCAAAUAUGGAAGCAGUGUGUGAAGAUGGGGGAAAUGGUGACUGUUCAUCAUAAAUCACGUUUGAAGAUGAAGGACUAUUAGUAUCCCAAUCACCUAAAAAAAGUGAUUUGAAUAGAAUAUUAUUACAUUUUAGAAUUAUGAAUAGGAACAAUUAAGUUUUGAACUGUGACAGCCAUUUGAAUUGUACUAACUGCUUAAACAGCCUGAGUAUUUUAAGAAGUUUAUGUAUGUUUAGAUCUCUCUAUAUAAAGCCAGAUGUAUACGGACAGCUGUACUUGAACAUGAAGGGUAGGUUAUUUUAUAUAUAUAUACAAAAUAAUAUUACACAAAAUAAUUAGAAAAAUGAAUACUAAGUGAAGUAUAUGAUGUGUAGAUUCUUUAUAAAUAGUAAAAGCCCAAUUAAAAAAACCUUAAAUAAAUAAUAAGAUCAGACCAAAGUACCUGGUCCAAGCAGCUUACUGAUGUAGCUGUUACUGACGGACACAGCUUAAGGAUAGGCCAGAAUCACUAAUAAAGGAGCCAAAUUAUGGUACCAGAAUGGAAUUCAUGGGCAUUUGUCAAUCAUUUUCUUGCAUUAAGCUGCCAAAUUUAAUGUCAAAAGGAAACUGAAAAGUGCAGAAGAUAGAAGUAGAUGUAUUUAAUUAGCAUCAUUUUUAAUUAAAAAGAAGGAAGUGAUUUACAAGACAUGCAAAUUUACCAAGUCUUUUUAAGGAAAGACCAAGAAAAGCCCUGAAAGCCUUAAUGUUGCUCAGGUUUCACGUAGGAGCACAGACCGGAAGGAGCCAAACCUGAAGAAGGAAGAGAAAAAGCCUAGGACUGUGUAAAAAAAAAAAUCACAGCGCAGUUAGCAAGGAUGUCAACCGGGAACGUAUGAUUUACAAGCAGAUUGUGGAAGGUAAUACAGUCAGAGAAUUAUAGGCUGGAAGGGGGCUGUAGGAGGUCACGUCUACACUGAUCCCUCAAAUGCUCUCCGCGGGGAAGGGAAGGGAACCAGAAGGGACAAGGGCUAAGUGGUGUGGUAUUUUAUUUCUAGACUAGUGCACUCAACUGAAAAGCAGUGAUUUUCAAAUACUGUGAUAUUUCAAAAGCAUAUGAUGAAACCAAGGAAGUUUAAGGUCAAUACAGGAGUACAAAAACGGUCCCGGGUCCAACUCCUUGACUCCAGGUAGGGCUAUAGCAACUCGUUUUUGACAAUGACCAGAAAAACCUCAAGUUUUUAUGUUAACUCAUUAAGAGAGAAACUUAUCUUACUAGGAGGAAAAAAACAACAUUUGAAGAGAUUUCAAAUGUUUUUCAUGACAUUUAAAUCGUUUGCCUCUAAUGUUCUUAUUUUUUACAGACACAUUUCUCUACAAAAGCAACUGCUUUCUGCUGAGACUAGCCUAACAUAUGUAAGUUCCAACGAAAGUCCUACAUGAAGUCACUUAUUUUGUAAUAUUAUUAUUAACUCUGCUAUGUAACUGACUUUAAGAUGGUUCUGGUGUUUACCUUUGAAUUAGCUAGCAAAGUAUCUAUCCCCUUUUCCCUCUGCCGCCCCUUCCCUAACAUACUCAACUUUUCAGCAACAAGUGAGCUGCUUUACUUACCGUGGUCAGGUAUCAAGCCAGUUCCUGGCCUCAGAAGAAGAAGAACUUUAUUUCCACCGGCCUGAAUGAGCUCAAUUGCUCGAGUAUGUGUGAUGCCUUGUGUAGGUUCCCCAUUGAUCUCAACAAUCUGGUCACCAACCUGGACGGGGAACAUUCACAGAAACAACAUCAAGUUCUGCUCUGUCAAUCCUGGAGCGCUCAACUCAGCCGAAUGACUCUCUUUCAUCUGUAAAAUAUUCAACUCGUACACUGCUCUCAUGCUGGAGUUGAGGAGUAGAUAGAUGGCAGCCUUUACUCCAUAAAAGUUUAUGUGACCACAGUAAGCAGGAUCUGAGCAUCCUGAAAUCAAGACUCAAAUUCUAAGUUUUCAACCAAAGGUUAAGUGGUGGAAGAGGUGAAGACUCUGACCCACGUGACACCAUGGAGCUACCUCUGAUCCACCUGCGAAGGGUCCUUCCCGACAUGAGCUGAAUCUUCUGAAACCUGGGCAGGUGGUGCCUCAUCUUUGAAGCCUUUCCUGGCCUCCAGGGAGAACCGCCCACUCCCUCCUUUGUGUUGCCACUACACCCUGUACUUAGACGCAGCAUUAGGUAAAGGGAAUAUUUAUAGGUUAAAUCUCUCAGAAGAUUCAGCUUGGAGCACAUACUAUUAUGAAUACUCAUUUAAAACCAAUAACUGGCUUACACUUCAUGACUUUAGUGUACAAUGAUUUCCCUAGAAAACAAAAACUAGGGAGCAGAAUAAGAUGCCUCAGUGACGUUCUAUUUACUAGAAAUGUUGUCUGCAGUUAUUUUAAAAGAGAAAGGAAAAACAUGAAUGGGUCAAGUAUAACUUUUACAAAGGACCUGAUUAAAGAUAAUGAUGGUAAUGAUUUUAAAAUAUAUUCUGGAUUUUAAACUAUAUUUCAGGGUGACAAGCAACUGGAGGGUCUUGGCUUUCAAACGGAAAAACUGAACAAUGGACAAUUACUGAAAUUCCAAAAAGCAUGUUUAUAAGAGCUCACUAAAACAAUCCAGACAGAACAGAAGAGGAUGCAACAAUUAUUUAACAAAGGUUGGUAGGACAACUCUGUAUCCAGAGACGCAGCAGAGCACAGUGGCCGGGAAGGUGGGCUUAGGAGUCACUGUCAUGUCUGUGGUUCACUCCUGGCUCGACCUUGGCCGAGCAGAGUGGUCUCACUUUCCUCUCUGUUAAACGGGGAUAAUAUUAGCACCUACUUACCUCCUGGGGUUGUUGGGAGGAUUUACUGAGAUAAAAACAUAAUCAUGAUUAUAUAUCAAGCACAAAUAAAUGUUAGUUUUCAAAUGAUCUAUUUUCUGCUUUUCCAAAAAAAAGAUUUAAAGUGUAUCACGAUGAAGAAGGUUUAACUAGUCUGCACCCCAUUCUAUACAAUGCAAACAUUUUCAAGUAAACUAUGAAACAGAAUGAGUUGUUGCAUAUUUAUGGGAAAAAAAAUGGGAGUCUUACUCAUGAAGAAAUGGAGGGUAUCACAAGAUAGAUGGAUUUAACAUAUAAAGUGGAAAAAAAAACCUUAAAGAAACACCAGCCAAAGUAAGAUGGUAAUAAAUGUAAUAGGAUGGAGAAAAAUAAUAAAAAUAAUUAAUAAACCCCCUUAAACCUAGAAUAAGUGAAACAAGAGUCAGUACCCAGAUUUCAUCUAAUAAGUGAAGAAAAAUCAUUUUCACAAGAAAACAUAAUAAAUUAGCACCAGAUAUAAAAUCCUGCUGAUAAUUAGAGAAAUGAAAAUUAAAGGUGAUACUGUUUGGAGCAUGCUUUGGGUAUAUCUUGUAAAAAACAUGAUUGAGGUUAUAAGUAAUCUCAGUCACAUUCUUUGGCUUAAAUUCACUGUCCAAACCUACGUAUUAUUCUUUUUGCACAACAAAUAAAUUGCAAUAAAACUUGUAAUUGAA